GUCAUCUUGUUGAAGCGGUCGGGUCUAUUUCUAGCUUCCGUUCCGCCGUAUCAGCGUCAUUGAUCUCUCUUUCUCUCUGUAGGGAAGAAAAUCUGAAUCCAUGGCUACCUUAGCGGCUGCCGCAGCUCGUCAAGCCAGAGCCCUAACUCGAGUCUCCUCUCCUCAGUCAGCUGCCACUCUUAUUCAAAGGCGCGGUCUCGCUGGCGCUGCUGACCACCAUGGACCACCGAAGGUUAACUGUUGGUCAGAUCCCAUGAGCCCAUCUAAAUGGAAGGAAGAGCAUUUUGUGAUUGUCUCAUUAUCGGGAUGGGGCCUACUCUUCUUCGGAGGUUACAAGUUCUUUACCGGGGGCAAGGGAAAGAAGGAUGAGAAACUUGUGGAAGCAUCACAAUGAGCUGAGCUGUGGAGAAUUUUCCGAUUGUUCUGAAGUACUCCCCGUAAUAAUGUAUUUCCUUGGACCCUCAUGCGUCUGUGGUGGAAUAGUUUCUCAGACUAGUUUAUGAUCCUAUCUUGUAGCUUCUUCUUGACAUUUUGAGUAUUUCAUGCACCGAAGUGUCCUAUAUCUAAUAAUACGAUUUUACAGACAUUUAAGCCCCAACAACUCAUUCAUUGAAUUUGGGCACUUGUGGUUCCGAGUUUGUGAUUGAUCAAAGGCAUCUUUGAGUUAAAAAAA